AUGGUACGUUCACCCAAAAUGGCAGCGAGAGGGCUGCUGGAAGGCCGAUCGUCAAAUUGUCUGAGAAAAUAUCGAAUAUUUUUUAUUAUUGUCGGUAUGAUAAUGUGUGUACAAAUAUAUCUUGCAUAUUCCUUUUUUAAGUUACAAAAUCAAGAUCACACGUCAGUUCGCUCAUUUGAUGAGGUUAACUCUGCGAAAAUUGACAGGAGUGAUGGGUUACCACAACAAUAUAAACAAUUAAAAUUGCCACCCGAUAAACAUGUCAUUAAUGGUAAUAAUAAUAAUAAUAAUAAUAAUAAUAAUAAUAAUAACAAUAAAAUACCAUUAAUACAAAAUCGUACAGUUAAAGCAAUUAAAUUAGAUAGAGAGUCACUGAGCUUUGUACCAAGUUGUGAUGUGAUAGGACGUGAAGCAAUAAGUGCUGUCACUCGAGCACGUAGUCAAACAUGUAAAGAAAUAAUUGUCAAUGUGUCAUGUUUGAGUCAACAGGGUGAACUUUAUCCUGAUCGAUUAUUUUCAUCGUGUCCACAUUCCUUAGGUUUCAUCAGAACUCCUAAAAAUUUGGGCUGUUUUAAAGAUGACAAAAUUUUAAGGAUUUUAUCGGAUUACUAUAUCGCUUUAAAAACAAAUAAUUCACCAGAGAAUUGUGCCUUCUUGUGUUUACAAUCUGGUUAUCCUUAUGCAGGAACUGAAUAUUCAACGGAGUGCUUUUGUGGUAUUGAUGAACCAUCGUUUAUGAAGCGCCUACCGGACUCUAGUUGUAACUUGAAAUGUUCAGGAGAUCCUAAACAGUCCUGUGGUGGUUAUUUAGCUAUGAAUGUUUAUCGUACGGGUAUUCAAAUUAAUGGACGAGCUAGUCGACAAGUUAAACGUUUAAUUAAAAUACUCUAUGAUCCAUCACAUUUUUACUAUAUUCAUGUUGAUGCAAGACAAGAUUAUAUGUAUCGUGAAAUGUUGAAAGUGGAAAAAGUAUGUCGGAAUAAAAACAUCAAGGUAGCAAGAGGAUUAAAUUUACGUCAUGCUAGUAUAUGGGGUGGUGCUAGUCUAUUAACAACACUGUUGACAUCAGCCCAACAAAUGUUACAACACUCGCCUCAUUGGGAUUUUUUGGUAAAUUUAUCAGAAUCUGAUUUUCCAAUCAAAAAUAAUAGACAAUUAGUAGAUUUUCUAACGUGGAAUAGAGGAUAUAAUUUUGUUAAAUCACAUGGUAGAGAAGUUCAACGAUUUAUAUCAAAACAAGGUCUCGAUAAGACAUUUGUUGAAUGUGAAGCGCGAAUGUGGAGAUUGGGUGAUAGGAAAUUACCUAAAGGUAUACAAAUUGACGGUGGUAGUGAUUGGGUAGCACUGAGCCGUGAUUUUGUUGAAUAUGUUGCUAGGCCAAAGCCUGAUGAUCUUGUUGCUGGAUUAUUAAAAGUAUUUCAAUACACGCUACUGCCUGCUGAAUCAUUCUUUCAUACUGUCCUCAGAAAUUCUAAAUUCUGUGAUACUUACGUUGAUAAUAAUUUACACGUUACUAAUUGGAAGCGUAAAUUGGGAUGUAAAUGCCAGUACAAAGCUAUUGUGGAUUGGUGUGGUUGUAGUCCCAAUGAUUUUAAGUAUGAUGACUUUAAUCGUAUACGCAAUACUGAAGACCGUAAUUUAUAUUUUGCCCGUAAAUUUGAGCCAGUUAUUGAUCAACGGAUUAUUGAUAAAGUCGAACAAUGGCUUUAUCCAGAAAAAUAUAAUGACAGUAAAUCAAAUAAGGGUUAUGAUAUGUACUGGCAAAAUUUGUAUCAUCAAGCAGAUUUAAGUCCAACGUGUGAUGAUACCUUGCUGACCAUUUCAAGCUCACUUGCAAGACUAACUUACGCUAAAUUUUCUAUUAAUUAUACUAAUAUUCGUCUUUUAGAAACAACUGCGUAUUUCAAAGAUAAUAAAUUUAAUGCUAUUUUAAUAUUAGCCGAAGCUGUAAGCCCAAUUACAGCUACUGAGACAGCUAAUUUAUCAAUUAAUAAUAGUUAUAGUAAUAUGAGUCGUAGUCAUAGUGGUAUUAGCAGUAACAAUAUUAAUAUUAAUAAUAAUUAUUAUUCUAAUAGUAAUAAUAAUUUUCCAGAACGUAUUGAAGUGUUAGUUACAUUAAAACGUAAUUAUACUGUCAAUAAAGCUUGGGCAGGGCGUAUUAAUUGGUUAUCAGUUAACACAGAUUACGAUCAAAAAGAGCAAACAUUUAGAAAUUUCAUGGGUGGUAUUGGCCCAGUAUCAAAUCCUAUUUUAGCGUAUGAAUUUGAUUUAUCUCUAGUGACGCCGAAAAAUUUAACAGCACUAUGGAUUAAUCCCAGUGGAACUUUGGUUGAUGUUAGUUAUUUACAAAUUGAAGAAUCAUCAUUGAUUGGUUCUGUUAAAUCACAGCUGGAUGAACCAUUAGCUAUCGGUAAAUGGAAUGUUUUAUUAGUUACUGAUACAGUAUUAGCUGCUCAGUUAACAUUUUUUGUAACGCCACUUGAGUUUUGGAAAAAUCGUAAGAUAACAUUAAAAAAAGCUCGUGAAAUUCAUAACGGGUUUGUAAAUAGUAAUAAUAGUAAUAAAUCUGAUCAACGCUUACCACGUGAAACAAACCGUAAAUGGUUAGACAUUAUAAAAGACGCGGGGUUACUGUAUAAUAGUAAUAAAAAUUAUGAAAACAAUAAUAAUUAUCAUUUAAAAAAUAAUAAAAUUGAUGAGAGAAUUGGACUGGAUUUAAAUAAAUGGAUCGAUGAACUUGUAACACAGUAUUACUCUAUUGAUGAUUUUUGCAUCAUUAAUAAAGGUCAGUUACGCAAUAAAAUAAAUAGUAGUGGUAAUAACAAUAAUAAUUAUUAUUAUAUUAAUAAUUUAAAACAAUGUUAUCAAACUAAUUGGAGCUCUGUGAGUCCUGAUUCUAAGGCUGAUCUUUAUAAUUUAUGUGAAAAAUAA